UGACCCCGGAUCGGCACCCAUAUUGGUUACUUCAGAACUCUCUCGAUCAAAUACUCGAACAGGUGAUUCGCCGGCGUAUGGCUCCAGUUCCCGGCGACCACCACCCGCCGCCGCCGUCGCCCUCCGCAGCCGGGCAGUGACCUCCAUCUCCGGCCAAGAAAUGCGAGUCCUUAAGCACCCCUUCUCGGUCUUCAUCCCCAUCCUCCUCCCUCUUCUCCUCGCUCUCAUUCCCCUUCCUUUCCCCCCCUUGAACCCCCAAUCCCAAUCCAUAGCCAGCAACUACAUCGUCCGCUUCCUCAACUACAAGCUCGCCGCUGAUCACCGCGCCUAUCUUGAAUCCCAUCUCCGAUCGUCUCCUGGCUGGCGCUGGAUUGAGCGGAGGAACCCUGCCGUUUCUUUCCCGACGGAUUUUGGUGUUCUAGAGCUUGAUGAUAGUUAUAGAAGCGGUUUGAUUGUGGAAUUGCAAGGGUUGGAGUUGGUGAAGGAUGUGGUUGUGGAUUCGAGUUAUUCCCGGAGUUUAUUCGUUGACGAGAGUGAGAAAGAUUGGGAGCCUUUGGAGACAAGGAAGGGCCCCGGAAAGCUUUUCACCUCUACGUCGUUUGAAGAGGAUGGUGGUUCAUGGCGAGAGGGGAAUGGUUCAAGGGGCUGGAGAAGGGAGCUCUUGGCGCAGAGGUCACAAGUUACUUCUCUAUUUGGAGCUGAGGAACUAUGGGCUAAAGAGUUUACAGGUGCGAAAGUCAAAAUGGCAAUUUUUGAUACAGGAAUUCGAGCUAAUCACCCGCAUUUCCGCAAUAUCAAGGAGCGAACAAAUUGGACAAAUGAGGAUACAUUGAAUGAUAAUAUUGGUCAUGGGACUUUUGUAGCAGGGGUUAUUGCUGGCGAGGAUCCGGAGUGCCUGGGUUUCGCUCCAGACACUGAGAUAUAUGCUUUUCGGGUCUUUACUGAUGCCCAGGUAUCCUACACAUCAUGGUUUCUUGAUGCAUUUAAUUAUGCAAUGGCAACAAAUAUGGAUGUGCUAAACUUGAGCAUUGGUGGACCUGAUUACCUAGAUCUUCCUUUUGUGGAAAAGGUUUGGGAGCUCACAGCAAAUAACAUUAUUAUGGUGUCUGCUAUUGGAAAUGAUGGUCCUUUAUAUGGUACACUAAAUAAUCCAGCUGACCAAAGUGAUGUUAUUGGUGUUGGUGGAAUCGAUUAUAAUAAUCAUAUUGCCUCUUUUUCAUCACGUGGCAUGAGUACCUGGGAAAUCCCACAUGGGUAUGGCCGCGUUAAGCCAGAUGUGGUUGCAUAUGGCCGGGAGAUUAUGGGAUCUAAAAUAAGCACAGGUUGCAAAAGUCUCUCAGGCACCAGUGUUGCAAGUCCAGUGGUUGCAGGAGUUGUGUGUUUGCUUGUCAGUGUCAUCCCAGAAAGUUCCCGGAAAUACCUUCUCAAUCCUGGAAGCAUGAAGCAAGCACUAGUUGAGGGUGCUACUAAACUUUCUGGUCCCAAUAUAUAUGAGCAAGGUGCUGGCAGGCUCAAUCUACUGGCAUCAUAUGAAAUCCUCAAAACUUAUCAACCACGAGCCAGCAUUUUUCCCAAUAGUCUAGAUUACACAGAUUGCCCCUACUUCUGGCCAUUUUGUCGCCAACCUUUAUAUGCCGGAGCCAUGCCUGUCAUCUUCAAUGCAACUAUCAUUAAUGGAAUGGGUGUAGUUGGUUUUGUUGAGAGUCCUCCGACAUGGCAUCCAGUUGAUGAAGUGGGCAAUUUAUUGAGCAUUCAUUUCACUUAUUCCGAUGUGAUAUGGCCAUGGACUGGAUUUUUGGCACUACAUAUGCAGAUCAGAGAAGAAGGUACCCAAUUCUCAGGUGUGAUUGAAGGGAAUGUAACUGUUAAGGUCUAUAGUCCAGCAUUAGGAGCUGAGAAAGACCGUAGAAGUAGUACAUGUGUCCUUCAUUUGAAGUUAAAAGUGAUUCCCACGCCGCAUAGAUCAAAAAGAAUUUUGUGGGAUCAAUUCCAUAACAUAAAAUAUCCACCUGGAUAUAUUCCGAGAGAUUCUUUGGAUGUUCGGAAUGAUAUUCUUGAUUGGCAUGGUGAUCAUCUACAUACUAAUUUCCAUGUUAUGUACAACAUGCUAAGGGAUGCAGGAUACUAUAUUGAGACACUUGGAUCACCUUUUACUUGUUUUGACGCUAGCCGUUAUGGAACUCUACUCAUGGUAGAUCUUGAAGAUGAGUAUUUUAAAGAAGAAAUUGAGAAACUCAGGGAUGAUGUUAUUAAUGUUGGGUUGGGACUUGCUGUAUUUGCUGACUGGUAUAAUGUGGAUUCUAUGGUAAAGAUGCGAUUUUUUGAUGACAACACACGCAGUUGGUGGACUCCAGUUACUGGAGGCGCUAAUGUUCCAGCCCUUAAUGACCUAUUGGCUCCACUAGGCAUUGCUUUUGGGGACAAAAUUUUGACUGGAGAUUUUUCCAUUAAUGGUGAGCAAAGUCAUUAUGCCUCUGGAACUGAUAUAGUUAAGUUUCCAGGUGGUGGAUUUGUACAUAGCUUCCAGUUUCAGGACAAUUCAGAGAGUGGCGCUACACAGAACAUUUUGCAGUCUUCUGGAAUGAUCAAGGAAUCUGCAAUUCUUGGAUUUGUGGAUGCGGGCAGGGGUCGUGUUGCGGUUUAUGGAGACUCAAAUUGUCUUGAUAGCAGUCAUAUGGUAACCAAUUGUUAUUGGCUUCUGAGGAAAAUAUUGGAUUUCACGAGCGAAGGCAACAAAGAUCCUGUUCUUUUUCAUCCCUCUAAAAUGACUGCUCCCCUACACAAGGACAAGAACCAAUUACCAUCACGCAGAAAUGAUGUAAAUUUCUCCACAUACUCUGCUGUUGUUGGGAAGGAUUUGUUGUGUCACAAAGACUCUCGGUUUGAAGUCUGGAGAACUAAAGGUUAUGGUAUUCAGUUGAUGGGAAGGAAUCGGAAAUUACCAGGAUAUCCAGCUAUGGAUGUGGAUAGUGGUUUGAAUUCUAAGGCUAAUGAAUCCAAACGGCAACUGGAAGAAACUUUAAGGGAAACCAAGUGGAUUUAUUCUAGAGAGGUUGCUAGAAACAAGUUAAACAAGACAAUGGACUUCUUGGGUUUGCUCAACCAUGAUGAGACUGACCUUUCCAUGUUAGUCUUGAGCCAAUGGCUUGUACCCGCUUUUGUGGCCAUGAUCUGCCUUCUAUUAUUUUUGAGUUGGCGGAUGCGGCAAAAGAGAAGACGACGAAGAAAAGGAUCGGGUUCAGGAUCUGCUCGCAUGACAAAUCUAGUGUAGUUCUUAUCCAUCAGCGAAAACUCAAUACACUUCACAUAGUUUUUGCAGGAUUUUUGCAAAUCCUUGGCACCACAUGUCUUAGGAGGGAGAAAUUGUAAUAGCUUCAUAUGAGAGCAGGGGGCAUUCCAAAAUUUUCAACUACUUUGCAAAUAGAUUCAAAAGGUUUGCUGUGACUUAAAAUUAAUGCCUAGAGAAAUUGUAGAAGUGAUCCCCCCAUUCUUUCCGUGUUCUGUUUUACUCUACCCCCAAUUAUUUUUUGCUCCCUUGCAAGAUCAUAUAAUAAUUUUGCACUGAAAAUGUUUAAAUUUGAAACUAUUACAAACUGGAAAAGAUCCGGAAAGAAUGAGGAAAUGUGAGGCAACUUUCUAU